AUGGCGGAGGUAGCGCCCGUCGAUCAGGGGAAGAAGGAGGAGGAGGAGUUCAGCACGGGGCCCCUCUCCAUUCUCAUGCUCAGCGUCAAGAACAACACUCAGUCAAUUGUCCUCUGUAACAGUGCCGCCCUCUUUGGUACUGCAACGUUAAAUGCAUCAAGGUGUAAGGUGCUUAUCAACUGCAGGAACAACAAGAAGUUGCUUGGUCGCGUGAGAGCAUUUGAUCGUCAUUGCAACAUGGUUCUUGAGAACGUCAGGGAGAUGUGGACUGAGGUUCCAAAGACUGGUAAAGGCAAGAAGAAGGCUCUCCCGGUGAACAAGGACAGGUUCAUAAGCAAGAUGUUCCUCCGUGGGGAUUCGGUCAUCAUCGUCCUCAGGAACCCGAAAUGA